UUUUUGUUUUUUUUGACUUAAAUGGGUGGGGGUGUUGCGUUGGCAGGUGUGUUUGUGUCUGUCUCUCUUGCUCCCUCUCUUACCACCUGCAGGUCCUGCCCCAGUUACGCAGGCAAUGUGCCCUGGGAUUGGAGUAGGUUACCCAGGGCAUUCUUUAAAAAUAGACCAACGGGUGCGGGGCGGGAGGGCGAGUUUUGUUGGCUUGUUGUUUUGAAUUGGUGUUAUAAAAUUUUUCUUGUUGUUAUCGUUGAUUAUGUUUCCUGUGCUGUUGUUUAAGUUUUGACUUUGUGUUGUAUUCCCAUCUGUGUUUCCCCUUUCUAUUAUUUUGUUUUUGGUUUGUUUGUUGGUUGUAAAUAUUGUAAAUAUUUUAUACAUGGCAGUAGGAGAUGACGCCACACUUUUCUUUUUGUAAAUAUUUUCAUCUGUUUUUGUUCUUAGUUAUGGAGAUAGGUGUAAAAAAAAAAUUUUUCUGUUAUUUUAUUAGGUGUAGUAUUAAGUUUCAUUUGGGUGUUUAGUAAGCGUGUAUUUUUGUUUAUUAUUGUUCUGUGGGUUCACCCUGAGGUAGUUGGCUUCAUGUUUUUCUUGGUGAUAAAAAAGAAAAAGACAUAUAAAGAGACCCUGCACAAAGGGGUCAUUAAAAGUGAAAUUUUCUUUGUCAGGUGUUGUUUUUAUGUGGCGGCCAUGACCCUAGACCAGGGUCGUAACAAUUUUUAGUUGUAAAUGUUGAACUAUCAUUAUAAAUGCUGUACAAGUAUUGUUCAUGUUUAUUUCAUGUUAGUAAAUGCGUGAACAAAACCUUAAACUAAAAAUAUGUUUGCUAUAUUUAUACUUAAAUAUAACCUCUUUGUAUUUGUAGGUAUGCUCAUGUACACUAAGUCUAUUUCUUUAGCUAACGUUCAGGAGGAGAUUGAUGGUGUUGUUGGAGGCUCUUUAUCAGACAGAGACAACAUGCCCCACACUAUUGCUGCCAUUCAUAAGUUACAUAAGUUAUAAGUCAUAAGGAUGGGAAAUAUUGUCCCAUUAAAUUUGGCCUGUGUUACUUCAAAAGAAACCCAGACAGGAAAAUACUCCAUUCCAAAGGGCACUCUUGUGAUUGGCAGUUUGACAUCAGUGCUGUUUGAUGAGUCUGAGUGGGAGACGCCUCACUCUUUUAACCCGGGUCACUUCCUGGAUGCUGAGGGCAAAUUCAGGAGGAGAGAUGCCUUUUUACCUUUUUCUCUAGGUAAAAGAAGAUGUCCCGGGGAGCAAUUGGCUUUUUCUUUACAUGUGGGUGUGGAGCCCAGCUUUGAUUAUAAAGUAGGGAACCACUGGAUGUCCCCUACCACAUAAUUUGUGUGCUGUGCCACAAAAAGAUAUGCAAUUUUUAUACACAAAUAGACAGGAAUUGGGACACUCUUCUUAAUCACAAAAAGUAAAAGUACUUAAAGUAAAGAGACAUACAGAGAAAAUAUGUAUCAUUUUAUUUUUGGAAAUUGUGAUCAUGUUUAUUGCCUGUAAUUGGCUAGGGAGGAGUUUUUCAGUGGGUAAAGAUAAAGGCUGGCAGAGGUGGUGACUUGUUUCAAAACCCUAAUGUAUGAGAUUAUAUAACAUGCAGGUUACUCAAGGGGAUUAUACACUCAUUCAGAUGUGUAGAAGAAUUUGUUUAUGUUUUAGAAAAAAUUGAUUAGUGUAAUGUUGGCUGAACGGCUUUGAAUCACAGGGGAAAAUGCAUUUUAAAAUAAAUUCACACAGAAAAUAAUUUGUUUAAAAUCAAAACAAUAUUUCACAAUCUUUAAGUUUUAUUGUAUUUUAAAUUGACACGUGGUAUAGAAUGAAAUUUUAUUUUUCAUUUAAAGUGAUAUGAUUUCUGAUCUGAGAAGUAGAAUGUUCAGAAGAUGUAUGAAAUGCUGCAGAUAUUUUGCAUGAUUAAUAUUUAUAUCUGAUCAUAAAUGAAUGUUUUUACUUUGUAAUUCUUGGAUAAGGAUGCCAGCUUUAAAAAAAAAAUAAUGUCCCCUACCACACAAGUUUUGUGCAGUGCCACGUAAGGACUAAAUGGACACACUUUUUAAUUACUGAAUAAAGAGACAUACAGAGAAA